CGCACUCUCUCUCUCGGGUGAAACGACUGCGGCUGGUGUGUGUAUAGUUUGGAAAAUAUAUAACCCACGCACGCACGCACGCAAUUACGAUAUCGUCAUUGCGAUUUGCCAUUGUCAUUAUUAAUAAUUAAUAUUACUAUCAUUCUGAUAUUAUUAUUUUGCGGUACGAUACGCGUACGACGACGACGAUAUUAUUGUUAUUAUUACGUGAUUGACUACAGUGGUUUGUAGUCGGACGAACCGAUCGCGUUCGACCGUGUUCGCUGCUCCGAAAUACGCGUCGUCGAUAGUAACGAAUGAUUUCGGGUCGCUGAAAUCUCCGGCGGUAUCGCAACAGUGACAUAACCGUUGUGUAUUUAUUCGCGGCGUCGCGCCGAUGGAACAUUCGUGGCGUUAUCGUGUCCGCCACCGCCGUAAUACGAUCGGCGAUCGUCGAUAACGGCGGAGGAAGAGACAAGACGUUUUUCGCCUUUCCUCGCGGUCUGCUCCGCAACACUCGACCGCUAGUCCCCCGGGUACCACCUCGAGGGCCGACCAGUCCAGCGCAGUCGCGAAUCCGCCACCGAUCCGGAGCGAAUAUUAGCAUAUCGUAUUGGAGUACUGGUUAACAGACAGUUAGCCCACAAAGUAAUUGUGUUAAAACUUUUGAUGUUUUUUAAGUCACUAUAAGUGAAAAUUUGUGUUUGCCAUGGGUACUAUCGUAGAAAAUUUGUCCAAUUGUUCUAUAUCAACUCAGGAUAGAGUAAUUGCUCCUUCAAAUCAAAUUCAAAUUUUUCAACUCAUUGUAACAAUUGAAAGCGCAGAUUUAAAAAAUAAUGGUGGAUUGAUUAAACCGCAUCCAUAUGUUGAACUUAUUGUUGACGAUUUCAAAAGGAAUAAAACUGAAGUUAUCAAAAAUACAUAUCAACCAAAAUGGAAUGAAGAAUUUACUGUACUUGUUACUCCAUACUCAAUAUUACACUAUCGUGUAUUAGAUUAUUGUAAAUUUCAAAAAGACGUGCUUAUAGCUGAAAAAAGUAUUAGUCUUUAUGAUAUUUUGUGUAAUUAUAAUGGUGUCUGUGAUAAUUUGGAGUUGACAAUUGAUUUGAUGCGAGCUCGUCAUCAUGAUCAUCUAACAUCAAGUUCAUCCACAUCUAAUAAUUUGGUCAAAGUUGGAGAGUUGAUUACUAUAUUACAUGGUUUUCAAAUUGAUAUGUCUCAGGUUUCAAAUCCAUCUAGAGAACCAGGAACUAGUACUAAUAAUCAUCAAGGACUAUCAGAUGGCGAUUUUAGUAAUGGAGUUAGAGCUCGUAGUCGUACUUCAACGACGGUUGUUGCUGCAUCACCUGUUCCAACAAUAGACAUGAAUGUAUCUACUAAUCUUAUAAAUAAUGCGUUAACUAAUAACAUUCGACCUUCACAAACUUCAUCAGUACACAAUAAUUCUGUUGAGGGAACAAUUACUGUUCAUCAUCAAAAUGGUCCUGUUACAUUACCAAUAGAAGAACCUUUACCCGUUGGUUGGGAAAUGAGAUUUGAUGCAUUUGGACGACAAUAUUAUGUUGAUCAUAACACCAAAUCAACUUCUUGGGAAAGACCACAACCAUUACCCGCUGGUUGGGAGCUAAGAAGAGAUAACCGUGGGCGUAUUUAUUAUGUGGAUCAUAAUACUCGUACUACAACAUGGCAACGACCAAAUGUUGAAAGACUGCAGCAUUACCAACAUUGGCAAGGCGAAAGAGCUCAUGUAGUUCAACAGGGAAACCAAAGAUUUCUUUAUCCUCAACAUGCUUUAGGGACAGGUUCAGGACCAAAUAGUAGACAAACUACAGGAGUUCCGCCAAGUCCUGUUGUGGAGGAGGAAGACCGUAUGGGACAGUUACCUAAUGGCUGGGAAAAGCGUGUUCAACCAGAUGGUAGAUGUUAUUUUGUUAAUCAUAAAAGUCGCAUUACUCAGUGGGAAGAUCCACGUACACAAGGAACUGAAUUGAUUAUUGAUAAUUCGGAUUUACCAACUGGCUGGGAAGUAAGAAAAACUACUGAUGGAAUUAGAUAUUUUGUUGAUCAUAAUACACAUACAACUACAUUUGAAGAUCCUCGUACCCAUGUACCACCUAUUCAAUGUUCAACUGGUCCUUACGGAGUACCUGCUGCUUAUGAAAGAUCAUUCCGUUGGAAAUUAAGCCAAUUCCGAUAUUUGUGUCAAAGUAAUGCAAUAUCAAGUCAUAUUAAGAUUACAGUUUCCAGACAGACAUUGUUUGAAGAUUCCUAUCAUCAAAUAAUGAGAUCUGCUGCGUAUGAAAUGAGGAAACGUUUGUAUAUAGUAUUCCGCGGUGAAGAAGGCUUAGAUUAUGGGGGUGUUUCACGAGAAUGGUUCUUCUUACUUUCCCACGAAGUACUCAAUCCAAUGUACUGUCUAUUUGAAUAUGCCAAUAAAAACAAUUACAGUCUACAAAUUAAUCCUGCUUCGUAUGUAAAUCCAGACCAUUUGUUAUAUUUCAAAUUUAUUGGACGAUUUAUAGCUAUGGCUUUAUAUCAUGGCCGUUUUAUUUAUUCUGGUUUCACUAUGCCCUUUUACAAGCGUAUGUUGAAUAAAAAACUUACCAUGAAAGAUAUCGAGUCUAUUGACCCAGAAUUUUAUAACUCAUUGGUUUGGAUACGUGACAAUAAUUUAGAAGAAAGUGAUAUUGAAAUGUACUUUGGGGUAGAUUUUGAAGUACUUGGACAAGUUGUGCAUCACGAGUUGAUAGAAAAUGGUGACAAAGUGAAAGUUACUGAUGCUAACAAAGAUGAAUACAUUAGAUUAAUGACUGAAUGGAGAAUGACGCGUGGUAUUGAAGAACAGACUCAAGCAUUAUUAGAUGGAUUUAAUGAAGUAGUUGCAUUGGAAUGGUUAAAAUAUUUCGAUGAACGUGAACUUGAACUCAUGUUGUGUGGCAUGCAAGAGAUUGAUGUUGAAGACUGGCAACAGCACACAAUUUAUCGACACUAUAAUAGAACUAGCAAGCAAAUUAACUGGUUCUGGCAGUUUGUAAAACAAGCUGACAAUGAAAAACGCGCAAGACUUCUUCAGUUUGUGACUGGAACAUGUAGGGUUCCGGUUGGAGGGUUUGCUGAACUUAUGGGGAGUAAUGGAGCGCAGAGGUUUUGCAUUGAAAAGGUUGGUAAAGAAACAUGGUUACCUCGGUCUCACACAUGCUUUAACAGGUUAGACUUGCCGCCAUACAAGAGCUAUGACCAACUAGUCGAAAAACUCAAUUAUGCUAUUGAGGAGACUGAAGGGUUUGCUCAAGAAUGAAACACAAAUAUAUUCAGGUUAAUGUUCCCUCAAUUGUUACGAUUUUAAAUAUAGAUAUAGUAGUGUAUAUUAAUAUUUAUAAAACCGUGCAGUGAUAUCAUGACCUUACAACAUCAAACAAACGGUGAAACCGUAUUUAACCUUUUAGAGGUUUAAAAUACAUUCCUUAAUUUAUAUUCUGUUUUUAUUUUAUGCAUCGUUAAUUAAUUUUGGAGUUAAAGUGUUUUAUUCAUUGAUGUUUCUCGUUAUAUAUCUCCAAUUCAUAUAGUUACUAUUACUUAUAGAUUUUAAGAACUGUGUUUUUAUAAAUAAGGCGCAUGUAUGUAAUAAAUAAAUUACAAAAGUGUUUUGAAUGUAAUGAUUGAUGUACAAAAAAUAAAUUAAAGGAAUAGUGGUUAUGAUUUUUGUUAAACUUUAAUUUUGGUGAACGAAAGUAAAAUUUAUAUAAUAUAAUUUAAACAUAUUCCACUUUUUCAUUGAAAAUAAUUUUUAUUAUAACA